AGCCGCAGACUGAAACGGGUCCAAUGCUGCCACCAAUGCGCGCCUGGCAGAAGUGCGUCGCGCAACCCCCGAUCAGGGGGAUGCCGGAGUCCAACCGCAGCUCCUGUCUCAUUCAUGCUGAGCGCUGCUCUCCUGUGCGCACGGAUCUGCAGAGCUGAGCUUUUUGAACCGCUGCUGCUGCUGCUGCUCUCUGACGAGCCGAGCGGGAAUGGAAACGUCUUCUGCUGCAAACCUGACAUCCUAAGGAAAAGAAGAAAUAAUGCCAAGCAGGGAUAAUACAAAACACGGCUUAAUAAGGCUGGUGGCAGGCAUGGCUGAGGAUCAAGGGAUGAGGAUAUAAAAUCUCCACCAGAGAAAGGAGGAUAAAAGAGAACAGGAAGAUUACUACUUUGAGACUUUUUUCUACUUAUACAUCAUUGUACCCUGCAGUCGUAUAAGGCACCAACUGACCCUUUAACGGAUUACGCUCUCAAAAACAUACACUAACUUCCCUCCCCUCACCACCAUGUCCUCACACCUUAAUCCACCCCUUCUCAUCUUCCCCUUGCUCUUCCUUCUCCUCUCCCUCCCUAAGACCUGCGCAUCUACCACUCCCCCCACCUCUUCUCUCCUCUCCUUCUCUCCGCCGGAAGGUGGUCUCACACAUUUGGUGGUCCACAACAAAACCGGAGAGGUCUACCUGGGAGCCGUCAACUGGAUCUACAAGCUGUCUGGCAACCUCACCAAGCUGCGGAGCCAUGUCACCGGGCCCGUCACCGAUAACCCUCGCUGUUACCCGCCUCCUGGUGUCCAGUCCUGCCCACAUGAGCUAGUGCAGACUUCUAAUGUCAAUAAACUCCUGCUACUCGAUGCUGCCCACAACCGCUUAAUUGCGUGUGGGAGUACUUCCCAGGGAAUAUGCCAGUUCCUGCGUCUGGAUGAUUUAUUUAAGCUCGGUGAGCCACACCACCGUAAAGAGCAUUAUCUAUCCAGCGUUGCAGAGGCGGGCACCAUGUCUGGUGUGGUGAUCCCCCCUGACAUCUUUGGCGGGGGCGGCAAGCUCUUCGUCGGCACCCCCAUCGACGGGAAAUCGGAGUACUUUCCUACGCUGUCGAGUCGCAAGCUGAUGUCGAACGAGGAGAACGCCGACAUGUUCAGCUUUGUGUACCAGGACGAGUUUGUAUCUUCACAGCUUAAGAUUCCCUCCGACACCCUGUCCAAGUUCCCGGCAUUUGACAUCUACUACAUUUACGGCUUCAACAGUGAGCAGUUUGUCUAUUACCUCACCUUACAACUUGACACCCAGCUUACCUCGCCAGAUGCGAGCAGCGAACAGUUCUUCACCUCCAAGAUCGUCCGACUGUGUGUCGACGACCCCAAGUUCUACUCGUAUGUCGAAUUCCCCAUCGGCUGCACUAAGGAUGGAGUGGAGUACCGCUUGGUUCAGGACGCCUACCUGGCCAGACCAGGAACCCGCUUGGCACGUUCUCUUGGUAUUCGAGAGCACGAAGAGGUUCUGUUCACUGUAUUCGCCCAAGGUCAGAAGAACAGAGCCAAGCCGCCCAAGGAGUCGGCUUUGUGUUUGUUCACAAUGAGGCAGAUAAAGGAAAAGAUUAAAGAGAGGAUUCAGUCAUGCUACAAAGGAGAGGGAAAACUCUCCCUGCCCUGGCUGCUCAACAAGGAGCUGGCCUGCAUCAACUCGCCCCUGCAGAUAGACGACAAUUUCUGCGGCCAGGACUUCAACCAGCCUCUCGGAGGUACAAAAGCCAUCGAAGGAUUUCCGCUUUACGUGGACAAAGAUGAUGGCAUGACCUCUGUGGCGGCGUACGACUACAGAGGAAACACCGUGGCAUUUACCGGCACUCGCAGCGGACACAUAAAGAAGAUCCUGGUGAACUCCAUUUCCCAGCCUGCCUUGUUGUAUGAGAAUGUGAUGGUGAGCGAUGGGAACCCCAUCCUGAGAGAUCUGCUCUUCAGUCCAGAUCAUCAGUUUUUGUACGCUCUCACUGAUAAACAGGUGACCCGUGUGCCGGUGGAGAGUUGUGAGCAGUACUCAUCCUGUAGAGACUGUCUGGGAUCAGGAGACCCUCACUGUGGCUGGUGUGUGCUUCACAACAUAUGUUCGAGGAGGGAUCGCUGCGAGCGAGCAGAGGAGCCACAGCGUUUCACCACCAGAGUGGAGCAGUGCGUUCAUCUGUCCGUCCACCCAGAGACCGUCUCUGUCACCAUGUCAGAAGUGCAGUUGGUGCUUCAGGCGCAGAACGUGCCCAGUCUGUCUGCAGGAGUGAACUGCUCCUUCGAGGACUACGUGGAGACAGAAGGACGCAUCUACAGCGGACGGAUCUUCUGCCUGUCUCCCUCUACCAAAGAAAUUGCUCCCAUAACGCGAGACCAGGGUGACCAACGAAUAAUAAGACUGUAUCUGAAGUCCAAAGAGACAGGAAAGAAGUUUGCCAGCGUUUUGUUCGUCUUCUACAACUGCAGCGUCCACCAGUCGACGUUCAUUCACACUUCAGCUGUCAGUGAUGAGUUUGUCCUCCUGCCAUUGAUGCCCACCUGCUUGUAGGUUUUUGUAAUUGAAAGGCUAAGGAGUGGUGUGGAAGUUGUAAUGAUGGAAACAAUAAAGUCAUGUAAAUGUAGGGUUGUUGUAAUCUAUAUAUGCAUUGCAAUAUUCAGAAAUAGCAUCAGAAUAAUAUGUUGCUGAUUUCUUGCAGCCUUAGUUCCAUCUAGACUUUGUAGAAUCUAGCGUUAGUCUGCUUCUUGAUGUUUUCACAAAACCUCUUUGUGUGUUUGCUGCAUAUUUUACUCUAUGUAUAAAAAAAAAAUCAAUUUAGUCAGUAAAGUUAUCAAGUUUCAUCAAUAAUUCACAAAUACAUUUUAUUACAACACUUACAUGAAUGAAAAGAAGCAAGAAGAACAAAAACUCUUGUAAAAACAAAAAAAAAAAAAAAACUGUCCUCUUCCUCAAUAAUUACAGAACCAGUUUCCAUGGCUAUGUGCAUUAAAUUAACAAUAUAAGUUACAAACAAUAUAUAAUUCUCCUCAUAAUUAACUAAUUAAAUGCAUAUGAUUUAAUAAAUCUUUUGUCUUACAAAGUGUUUUAAAUUGAUGUGUAGUAGAACACUUGUGCUACAUUUUGGUGCACAAAUUUCAGUAAUAUUUAGUUGUAGUUUACCAGAAAUUGUGAAUUUUUCACUUUUGCCUUCCUCCUCUUUGUGGAGUAACACUGGCAUUGCGUGUAACAUUGUGUUCAAUUUAGAUUGACUUUUUAUCCCAAAGCAAAAUUAAAUGUUGUAAUUAAUGUCAUUUUCAAAGAGUUAAUUUCUCUCAUUGCAACAGUCAGUGAAUCUGGAGAGGCUUCUGACUGAAGACACUGUUGAUGUGUAACAUCCUCAUGACAGGCUAACAGCUCCACAUCUUCAUUGCUGUUUAUCCCCUUUGAAAUCUUUUCAGUGAAAUAUUUCUUUAUUUUAAGCAGUAAAUAAUGUAGCCUUUUAUUAACCAGCUGACCAGUAGUGGUCAGUAACGUGUAGGGGAGGGGCAGCAGUGAAUUUCUGCUCCUGCAUCGCCAUCAUCAAUAUCUCAUUAUGAUGACUUUAAAUCAAAGAGUUGAUCUGAUAAAAAGCUAGCCUGAUACCAGUAACUGCCCCAUGCCGCGUUGACCCCUGUAGAUUUGGUGGCCGGUAAAUUGCCUGUCUGUUAUUACAAACAACUGCUAAGGUGUCAUCCUGUAUGUACGUUUGUCAUUUUCAGAGUUAUUAGUAUUUCCUUUUCUUUAGGUUGCUUCCAAGUUGAACAUUAGUCCAAACAGAUAGAGAACAUUUGUCAGAGUUCCUGUCGGAGCAUUUGCUCUAAUAGAUUCUGACAACAAGCAGUUCUUACAAAGCUGACAGCUUCUUUGCAGCAUUAGCUUUCUCCCAAAUGAAUGGUUGAAAUAACCCUGACAAGAUCUUACCAGCAACAGCUCUUAAGUUAAUUUAUUCAUAACUUGCUUUUUUCCUUUGAGACUUGACUGAUACUUUUUUUUAAUGAUGACAUCUUGUUGGACCCACCUACUUUCCUUCCGUUUCAUUUAUUUAUUUUUUGACACUUCUAGCUGGAAAAUUGGGGCUGAUUUCAAUAAGUCGACCCUUAAUAAUUGCAAGUCCGCAACUUAAUUUCACCUCCUUGUAUUAGUCGGGUGUAUCUCCAUGUGGACUUGAACCAAAAGGAGGUCCAGGCUGACAGACCAACAGAGCAGCAACCAACCAGCCAACCAAUCAGGAGCAAGUCCCAAACUGCCCUUUCUUGUUAAAUACAGGUUAAAUAAAAAAAUAAAGAAAUAAAAAAAAAAAUGAAAAAAAUGUCAUUCAAUACCACGACUCGUUGAGUGUGAUCUACAGCCCAGGGAUUUGGUCAGCCUUCACUCUGUCUGACUGCAGCCUCUUCCACCAGGCACAGACUCCCACCAUUCAUUAAACAACCGGGAGUUAGUUUCAUAAAACAAAACAAUACUACUUCUCACCUAUAGAUGACCUUCUGGCAGGGCGUCCAUGUAUUGUAAAAAGUUUUAAAUUUAUGUCUAAAUCAAGACCUUAAUAAUAAAAAAAUUAAAAAAAAGAUUAAGUUGGCCUUAAAUACAUUAAUCACAGGUCUGUAAUUAAUGUAAUAAUUUUUUUCUUGGGGGAAUUUUCUGUCACUCAAACGUUUGAGUCGCAUGCAAACAAUUUAAUUGCAUUCUGUGACUGGAAUUGCUGGUGGCUAUCGGCAACUAGAGACUGAUAUAGCUAGUUAACAAAAGCAUAUUAGUCUUUGAUAAUAAAUACAGUGGCUAAUAUAUCUUGCUAUAGGGGUCAAUUGUGUGCAGUCAGCAAUAUACCCUUGCUAUCCAGCCAGCCAGCAAGCUGCCUCCAUCAUCGAUGACUUCAAAUGUAUCUCCAGUUGGCUGGGAAACAUUGACAGACUUCUGCUGCCAACCCAUACGAGGCUAGGUGCAAGAAAACCUUUACAUUUGGCACUUUGGAGGUUAAGGCUCCAAAGUGAGAGCCAUGUGAGAUGGUAGAAGUGCAACGUUUUUGCUAAUUCCUUCCAUUUACAGUUUUUCAGUCUUGCCUGUCCUUCCUUCUGCCAUAUUUAAAUCAUAAAAUAGGACUAAAUACAUAACUUUUUCCACACUAAUUUGUUUUAUCUCUUCCGAAGUGAUGGCUAGAUGGUAUUUGCUCUCCAAGUUCAAAUGAUGAAAUAAGGUUAUUCUAUAGUAUGAACCCCAGACAUUAAGGUGAGUUCUUCAUGUUUGACCCUUUUUAUCUGUUUUAGACGUUUUUGUGUUUUUGCAUUGAACUGAAUUGAAUUUCAAGAUGUUAAAGAUUAAACCCUGUUUUUUAUGUCUACCUGUUAUUUGUUGCCUCUCUACCACACAACACUUCGGUCGUCCCGUCAACCUCUGAUCUCAUUGCUUCUCUCCCUCAUCUUCCUUUUUUUUCUUGCCUCUUGUUCAUCAGGCCGAUUUAUUGCCUGAGAUCUGCUCUCGGCCCUGCAUAUAUCUGCAUAGUAAUAGGCCGUUAAUUAGCUCUGGCUGGAGUUUCUGUGUGGCGGUGGUCAUAAUGGAGUGGGCUUGGAGAGGGAGAGCUCACCUGGGCCACUUCUCCAGCCUUUACUUUCUGUUAUUCUGUUUUUUGUUGUACUGUUUAUUUAUUUACACAGUGGCAAACCAACCCUUUUUAAAACAUUUCAAUAAUGUUGUAAACAGGAGAAAUGCCUGGUAAGAGGUUAUAGCAAAACAUGCUAAUUUCCACCUGCUGCCCCUGGACAGGUGGAUGUAAUAGAGUUUGAUUGAACAGAUCAUGAAUUGGUGAAAAAACAGUUUAAUCAUACAUGACAAUUCAUUAUUUAAAUCUCACUUAAACCGAACAAACUUCAAACCAACAGACAAUCCGCAAAACAGUUCCUUUGCCUUCAUCAAUAACAAGUGCAAAUCUGCGUAAUUAACAUCCAUAUAUUUAGUCAAAUCUGCAAAUAUUUCAUAACCAGAACAUGUCAGAAUUUCAUUUGACAAACUGUUCCAGUAACUCUUCGCGGUGAAAGAUAAGUUUUUGCAAAAGCAGUCCUACAUUUUGGGAUGCUACACUCACCUCUAGAGGGCGCCCUUCUAAUCUGAUCUCAAAAAGACAAACCUUUGUAAAGGUAGAGUCACAAG